GUUUUCAAGUGCUUUUCGGUCACUAUUCUUUAUUUAUUUGUAGUUUCUAGUAACGAUGCAUUCACUUACUCCACAAUGGUGGUUUUUCCUCUCGCUGAUCCUGUUCUUUCUGGACUGGAUCAGUGGCUUUAAAUUUACCCUCUUACACACGAAUGACAUGCACUCCAGGUUCGACCCCAUUUCCCACACAGGUGGAAGGUGCAAGACUGUCGGCGAUUGCUUCGGGGGAUUCGGACGAGUGGCUGAAGUAAUUUCUGCAGCUAGAAAUACUGCAACUGAUCCGGUUAUCUACUUAAACGGUGGCGAUUCCUUUCAAGGUACUUCCUGGUUUUCGGUUUAUCGAGGGAAAAUGGUGGCCCGAAUGCUAAAUUUUCUGGCUCCCGACGCCAUGGCCCUCGGAGUUCACGAACUUGACGAUGGAACAGAUGCCUUGGCCGAAUUUUUGAAUACCAUUACUUUUCCAAUGGUUAGCAGCAAUAUAAACCUGAUAAAUGAACCUAAACUGGCGGAAAACACUAAUCUGGUGACUUCCUUGGUUAUCACAAAGGGUGAUCGUAAGAUCGGCAUAGUGGGCUAUAUAAGACCGGAUACCAAGGAGCGAACUCAACCAAGUAAUGUGAUUUUUAAACAGGAAGUGCCCGCCAUCAAUAAGGAAACAAAGAAACUUAGGGAUCAAGGCAUCGAUAUCAUCAUUGCCUUGGGACAUUCUGGCUACGAGAAGGACAUGGAGAUAGCCAAGCGGUGUCCGGACGUGGACAUCGUCGUGGGUGGUCAGUCGCACACGUUUCUCUACUCGGGAAAGGCUCCGAGUAAGGAAGUUUCGGAGGGACCCUAUCCCACAAUAGUGGUUAAGCCCGAUGGCAGGAAGGUGCCAGUUGUUCAGGCCUAUGCUUAUACGAAAUAUUUGGGAAACCUUUCCCUAGAGUUCGACAGUGGUGGAAAUCUGCUUAGUUUCAAGGGUAGCCCCAUUUUAUUGGAUAAUCGCUUUCAGCCCCGGAGAGAUGUUCAAGAUUUUCUUCAACUGUACCGCCAGGUGAUCGAUGACAUGGAGCGCCAUGUGGUGGGCACUACCUCCGUUUAUUUGAAUGGCGAUCGAAAGAGCUGCGGUUAUAGUGAGUGCAAUUUUGGCAACUUCAUAGCCGAUAGCUUUGUGUAUGCCCGAGUAGUCCAAACGAUGGCGGAUAGAAGUUCUUGGACAGAUGCAUCCAUUGGACUCAUCAAUGCGGGCGCAAUUAGAGCCUCGAUUGAUCCCGGGGAGACGGGCGCCAUUACGGAGGCUGAUGUGGUCACAGUGCUUCCCUUCAGCCAAGAUCUCUAUUACACCAGGAUCAGUGGCAGUCAACUGAUGAAGGCGCUGGAGCACUCCGCCCAAAUGCGUAGUAAACACAUGACCAGUGCCCAUCUCCAGGUUUCGGGUCUUCGGCUCAAGUUCAACCACAGUUUGCCCAAGGGCGAAAGGAUCACAGAAAUCCGUGCCCUGUGCUCCGAGUGCCAGAUUCCGCACUACGAGGCAGUUGAUACGAAUGGGUAUUACGGUGUGGUAGUAACAUCAUUUCUAUUGAAUGGCGGCGAGGGCUACAGUUUCGUCGAUCCAAAGCGACCGGAAGUGGAAAAUAUGACGAUCCUUGAUCGCAUGGCUGUUAUCCAGUAUCUGCAGGAGCACAAGGUUAUCUAUCCGGAACGGGAGGAUCGGCAAUAUGUGCAGCAGAAGCACAUCGCCAACUCGGGCUACAUGUCUCUUGAACCCAACUUAAUACUCAGCUUUUUGUACUUUUGUCAUCGAUUUCUCGUUUAAGUGUCUAGUCUAUCCACGUACGGAUUGCGUCUCCAUGGGGCAUCAUUAUCAUUAGUAUUAGCUCUCAGUUUUUGUCUAUUGCGCAAUCGCUUAGAACACCGAUUAGUGACUUAGUCUGUUGUGAACCUUUUCUAUAUGCAUGCAAAAAUGAGCAAAGGUGUCUGAAGUUUAAUUAUAUACAUAGUAAAUCUAGAUUAUACU